CUUUAUGUGGGUGCAGAGCUUCUAAAGAGAGGAGAGUAGGUGUGGGCAGAGCUUUUGGGCUGAGGGUUCUUGUGUGGGAUUUUCUAAGCCAAGUGUAAUAGAGUAUGAACAGAGCCUCUGGGCUGGGGGCUGGUUGGGGGCAGAGUUCCUGGACAGGUAUUUGUGGAGAUGUGUGGGAAAAGCUACCAAGCUGAGGAUCUAGGGCAAAGGGGGUGUGUGUUGCUCUGUGGGAGUAUGAACGAGGCUAUAACCGUGACUAGGACUGGGCUGGUGCUUAGCUUUGUGCAGGGCGAUGCCUGGGAACUUGGACUAGACUACUAAGCCGAGGGGAAUAGAUUGUGGGUCCCAGUUCUGGGUCCACAACCACAGCAUUUGCCCAACGCCUGGAUCCUUGACGGUGUGCUGGGGCCCUGGGUCCUAACCAGAGACACCAGGAGGCCCAUUGAGCUGGAUCUCGGACCCUGGAGGAAAAAGCUACAAGGGUGCCCACAGCUGAGGACGAAGAGGUCCCAACAGGACAUCAUACUGUCGAAAUCCACUCUGUGAGCCAGGAUCCUCAGGGGGCUCUGGUGGGGGCCACACUUCCAGCGCAUCGGUCACCAGUGUCCGUUCUCGCACCAGGAGCAGUCCUGGGACGGGCCUCUCCAGCCCCCCGCUGGCCACCCAGACGGUCGUACCCCUACAGCACUGCAAGAUCCCCGAGCUGCCAGUCCAGGCCAGCAUUCUGUUUGAAUUGCAGCUCUUCUUCUGCCAGCUCAUAGCCCUCUUCGUUCACUACAUCAACAUCUACAAGACAGUGUGGUGGUACCCGCCCUCCCACCCGCCCUCCCACACCUCCCUGAAUUUCCACCUGAUCGACUUCAACUUGCUGAUGGUGACCACCAUCGUUCUGGGCCGCCGCUUCAUUGGGUCCAUCGUGAAGGAGGCUUCUCAGAGGGGGAAGGUCUCCCUCUUUCGCUCCAUCCUGCUGUUCCUCACCCGCUUCACCGUUCUCACGGCAACAGGCUGGAGUCUGUGCCGCUCCCUCAUCCACCUCUUCAGGACCUACUCCUUCCUGAACCUCCUGUUCCUCUGUUAUCCGUUUGGGAUGUACAUUCCUUUCCUGCAUCUGAACUGUGACUUCCGCAAGACAAACCUCUUCAGCCACAUGGCUUCCAUGGGUCCCCGGGAGGCUGUCAGCGGUCUGGCACGGAGCCGGGACUACCUGCUGACGUUGCGGGAGACAUGGAAGCAGCACACGCGACAGCUGUAUGGCCCAGACGCCAUGCCCACCCAUGCCUGCUGUCUGUCACCCAGCCUCAUCCGCAGCGAGGUGGAGUUCCUCAAGAUGGACUUCAACUGGCGCAUGAAAGAAGUGCUGGUCAGCUCCAUGCUGAGUGCCUAUUAUGUAGCCUUUGUGCCUGUCUGGUUUGUGAAGAACACACAUUACUAUGACAAACGCUGGUCCUGCGAGCUCUUCCUGCUGGUGUCCAUCAGCACCUCAGUGAUCCUCAUGCAGCACCUGCUGCCUGCCAGCUACUGCGAUCUACUGCACAAGGCCGCUGCCCACCUGGGCUGCUGGCAGAAGGUGGACCCGGCACUGUGCUCCAACGUGCUACAGCACCCGUGGACUGAAGAAUGCAUGUGGCCACAGGGCGUGCUGGUGAAGCACAGCAAGAAUGUCUACAAAGCAGUGGGCCACUACAACGUGGCCAUCCCCUCCGAUGUCUCCCACUUCCGGUUCCACUUCUUUUUCAGCAAACCCCUGCGGAUCCUUAACAUCCUGCUGCUGCUGGAGGGCGCUGUCAUUGUCUACCAGCUGUACUCCUUAAUGUCGUCUGAAAAGUGGUACCAGACCAUCUCGCUGGCACUCAUUCUCUUCAGCAACUACUAUGCCUUCUUCAAACUGCUGCGGGACCGCCUGGUAUUGGGCAAGGCUUACUCGUACUCGGCCAGCCCGCAGAGGGACCUGGACCACCGGUUCUCCUGAGCCCUGGGGCGACCCUGGGGACAACAUCCAGGCUGCAGCCGGGAGUUCCUGGGGAAGGGGCUGUUGGGGAGGGUUGAGUGAGGGGCAAAAACAAAACAAAAAAAGACAAAAAAAAUCCA